GUGCUUUUACAACAGAUCCAGGUACGGUUAUGGUGACACCGUAUAUCUCUAGCUUCCUUCAAAAUCUCCCGCUGUCAACGUCAAUUAAAUCAUCAAUCAAUCAAUGUUAACCCUCCAACGUCAUUGGAAUGACAACGCAAAAAUGCCCUAAAUAAUAACUAUGAAUUCGCUGUAGGAAAAUCGUCCCUUUGUCCUGUACUUAUUAAGUUGUAAUCCAUGUACGUAGACAGGAAUAAUCUAUUAGGCAGAUGUUUCUUAACGCGGGAGCACAACGUUAUCAGGUGGACCGAACUAAUUCUGUGCAUGGUAUGCCUGCUUCUAUCGAUCUUGAUGUUCCACAAGAGAGUCUUCAUAACAACGAAGAUCGUCCACGCGACAGUGAAUGCCGCGUUCGUGUUCAUCACAGCGACGGACGUGAUAUCGUGGUGCGUCAAAACGCCCAUAACCAUCAAAACCUGGAUGAUCAUAUCCACCGCCGGCUUCCUGAUGUACUGCCUCAACGCUGGCCUUCUGCUUUUCACGAAAAGAGUGACUUCGUCGGGAUUGAUCACGUUCAAUAUCGUUGCUUGCAUUAUCGCUGCUAUCGCGUUUUUGAUCGACUGCAUUUGGAUAUGCUGGGAAUACAUACACGCAGAUUUCAGUACUGUACAAACUGUAGACCGUAGGGUAAUCCCUGGUAAAGUAGGUGGAGUAUGUACUAAUAUAGAAUGCUUGAAAGCAGACAACCUUAUUGAAAGAGUCGUCGACAGAGCUGUGUCUGCAUGCUGUCUAAUGGAGUUGAACGAAAUCGAAUGCCCCGUGGUCCGAAAACGAAGGUGCAACGCGGUGCACCCCAUCAUCAGACCGAUGUCCUACGGGGGCACAUUCCCCGUAGACAAAUACCUGGCCCCGUUGUCCAGCGGCGCCUCCUAUAGAAGCGUCAGCCGAACUAGCGAUUUUACCGGCACUUCGCCAUGCCCGUGCUCGAGAAGCAGAAGCAUUCGGCUAGUCUCCUCUUCCAGAUCAACAGAUACGACACGUAGGACGACAGAUAGAUUCUACUCGCAGGAGUACCGUGCCGCCAGUCUAGUACCAGAAGAACAGCACAUGCUAGAGUCCGAUACAGUUCCUGAAAGGGAUUACGUAGACGAACAUGUACAUAGGCCAGCCCAAGAGACAAGUUACAGAUCAUCAGAGGCAGGAUAUAGCGGGACCAGUCAGAGUACGUCAGUGAGCAGUCAAACAGCUGGUUCCAGCAUGAAAGAUGUCCAUCAAAAAACGCAAACGUGCCAUUGUGUCACUUCUUCAGCGCAAGGACGUGGUAUUGAGAGUAUUGCUGAAGAAGACCCGUCACAAUGACAGUAAGUGCAAUGGCAACGGUGUCCAAUUUUGCUGCCGCUACGUAGCGUUUGUGUGGUUCGAGAUCCAACUGUGAACAUAGGGUGUAAACGUUAUGAUAGUCCUUAUUUAAACGGGUGGAAAUAGGGAA